UCGAUUCCCACGGACGGCGUUUUGUUUUCUGUUUUUUUUUUUCUGCAAAAGAUGAAGCUCCACUGCUGCUCUAUUUCUCUCUCGUCUCUUCCUCUUCUCAAUCAUAUAACGGUUUCGAUUCCUAAAACCCCAUCAAUCAUCUCUGCAACAAUAUCCUCCUCCUCUUCUUCUUCUUCUUCUUCUUCAUCAUCAUCAUUGUCAACAAGGACGAGAAGAGCUUUAUCUCUUUCUGUUCUCUCUUCUACAUUUACACUAUUUAUCGUCUCUGAUUCUUCAUCCAGAGCUGCCCCUCCUGAGUUUUCAGAGCUCGAAGGUUCUGGUGGAGUGAAGGUUUUGGACCUUCGAGUAGGUGAUGGGGAAGUACCCGUCAAUGGAGAUCAGGUUGCAGUCCAUUACUAUGGAAGGUUAGCAGCAAAACAAGGAUGGCUCUUUGAUUCAACUUAUGGUCACAAAGAUGAAAUGGGUGAACCGAUUCCAUUUGUAUUCAUACUUGGUUCCGGCAGAGUCAUUUCAGGCAUUGAAACAGCUGUGAGAUCAAUGAAAGUAGGGAGUAUCCGUAGAGUCAUUAUACCACCAACCCAAGGAUACCAGAACACAUCGCAAGAACCCUUGCCACCUAACUUUUUUGACAGACAAAGGCUGUUUACCACCAUUUUCAAUCCAACACGUCUGGCUAAUGGAGAAGGCUCAACAUUAGGAACUCUGGUAUUUGACAUUGAGUUGGUCAGCCUACGGCAUCAGUGAGGUCAACUGUCAAUAUUAUAGAAUCAGUAUUUUAUGCAGACGCAGUUAUACAAGAAUUUGAUGAUGUAACCUGGUCAUCAGUGCUGUUGAGUUCUUGAAUUCCCCAAAAGAAACAGAGUAAAUAUGUAAAUGAAUUUUUUCAUUUUCCUUUGACUUGAAGGGAUGAAACCAAAAACAAAGACAGUAAAUAUGUAAAAUAUAUUUUUUUCCCCCCUGUAAGUGAUGAGAUAAAACGGUUAAGUCCCAUAAGUUCCAUUGAGUUUCUGAAAGCUGAGAAGAAACAAAACUAAAAAAAUAAAAUCUAUACUCCUUUGCUUUUUAA